UCAUGUCUUUAUUUUAAUUUUAAUUAAAUUUUAUUGUUGUCCUUUUUCUGUACUGGCACUGUUUUUUGUUUUCUCAGUCUAUUUUUCUGUUCAGAUACAUUUCAGCUCAUACUGUAUCUUAAAAGCUCAAAAUAAGUUAAUUUAUAAUUCAGAGUUCAAGUCAAUCAGUGUGCAGCCAAAGAGACCAAACUAUUCUAUUUUAAACUUGAAAUGAUUAUUAAUAUUAUCAUUUAUCAAUUAGUCCACUAGCAGAAAAUUAACCUGCAACAAUUUUGAUAAUAGGUUAAAAAAUUAAUGUGUUUUUUCAAUCAAAAAAAGUGAAACCUAUAUGAGGAUUUGCUGUUUUCUCUGUUUUAUAAUUAAAUUGUUAUUAUUUCAAUUAAUAUCUUUGAGUUUUUUGGUCAGAUAAAACAAGACAACUGAAAAUGUCAUCUUGGGUUUUCAGAGCUCUUGAUCAGCAUUUUUCACUCCCUUAUUUGACACACAUCCAUCAUAACCCACAUUAAAUCUAAAGAAGUAGCUGAAGACAUUAUGAGUCACAGUAUUAUUAACAGUAUGCUGUAAAUUACAAUUAGCUUCAGUGCUACUAUAGAUCAGUGAUAAGUGAUAACCACAGGUGCUACUGAAUUAAAUGACAUAGAAAAUCAAGGCAUUUUAAAAAGAAGCAGCACAGUUGUAAACAUAAAGACCUAUAAAAAAAAUCAUUGUAUCCUUUCAUGAUGCAGCUCCAGGGUGUAACUGGAGGACAGGUCAGAUGGCAGACUGUGCAUUGACCCUGUCAGUCCUUGAUAGACUGGUACUGGCUGAGUUAAUGACUGAGGUAAACAUGAUAAAUGUCAUUCACCCCACCUGCUUUGUAUUUCUCUUCCCUGUGCAGCUGCUGAGUUUAACUAGCCUUAUCACCUCCACGUGGAGGGAACCAAGAUCUGUCUGCAUGGGAAGUCCAGGGUCACUUUUUUUUUCUUCUUAAAUGCAGAGUCUUAAAAAGGCGGGUCAGUGCUAAGUUUGGUGCAAGCAGGUGACACCCUGGAUAAAUACAGCAGGGCCUGAGCUUGCGGAGUGAACUGGAGAGACACGUUUGUGCUUUCUGCAGCUCACAGGUCUGUUUUUCUUCACAAAACCAUUUUGUGGAUACUUUUUUUCUUCGUGAUGUUUCCUCUGGAAGAAACAUGCUCCGGUCACCGAGAUCAGCAUCCUCACACUAUCCUUUAUAACAUCUUGAGCGGGAGAGAGAGCGGCUAUCUCAACAACAAACUGAACCCUAGCACGGCAGCAUACAGCUGCCCCUGUGAGCACAGGAGGACAGUUUGCCUGAAGGACCCAAAGGCCACCUGUCAAGUGGCCUCCAGCGUGCUGGUCAAAACCAUCUGCUUUGUGAGGAGUUUACCGUCCUUCAGUCAGCUUCCAUCAGGAGAUCAGUCAUCACUGUUAAGACACUGCUGGGUUCCUUUAUUUGUUCUGGGGCUUGCCCAAGACAAGAUAGUGUUUGAAGUGACUGAUGUGCCAAAUUCAAGUAUCCUUAGACAGAUUCUGCUCGGACCAGGACUCACCGCAAAAGAGGCUGACCAACCAACUUUUGCUGGAGUCCACAAGUUGAGAGUGUGCCUGCAUCACCUUUGGAAUCUGGACCUCAGUCCAAAGGAAUAUGCGUACCUUAAGGGUGCUUUGUUGUUUAACCCAGCUGUGCAGGGAUUGAGCGCCUCGUUGUUUGUCAACAGCCUCCAACAAGAAGCUCAGAGAGCUCUUCAAGAAGUCAUCUACCUCUUGCACCCAGAGGACACUGCUCGCUUCAGCCUCGUCCUUCGAGCAGCCUCCACCGUUCAGACUGUCGGCCACAGCCUGGUCACAGGGCUCUUCUUCAAACCAGUCAUUGGCAACACAAAUAUGUUACAUUUAUUAACAGAUAUGUUGUUCGUGCACUGAACAUGCAAAGAUAAAGCAUUACAUGAGCGAGUGUUGUAAGUUUUAUACACAUUAAAACAUUACAUAAACCUUUAGAUGUCCUCUUCAGCUUGGUGAAGUUCUGGUUUUGAGAACAGCGAGUGCAUGACUUCUGUGAAAGCAUCAACAUCAGCACUUGUGGAUAAAUGAUUUUAUCACUCCCAAGUGUCCUAAUGAAGGAGGAAUAAAAAAGCAGCAUGGCCUGAUCUUUGCAUGACUCUUGAAAUACAUACACAGAAUACAGCCGAGGUCGUAGCCAUAGAGUCAACAUCGGGGUGGACACAAUCUGAUGGUAGUUCCCUUUUAAUCUGACACAUAAAAUGCAAAGAAGACAUUAACGUUUGUUGAAUACACCUGUGAGCACCACUGUUAAAGGAACAAAUGUGCAAGACCACUGGAAUUCUUGUGUGCAUAGUUGGUAUGUCAAUGUGUAGCUUAUUAACUGAAGGUAACUUAGCUACGAUAGCUAACAUUAGUGACGGCAAAUUGAUUAGCAGCCACAGAUUAACCUGUUUUUAGCAAAGAUGGGCU